GUUUUCUUAUUAAUAUUUUUUUUUCUCCAGGAUUUGUGGGCUUUUUCAAUACCAUCAUUCUGUGGCCCGGGUUCCCCCUGUUGGAUGUUUUUGGAUGGGAGACAUUUCAGUUGCCAAAUCUGCAACAGCUGUUCUACAUGUCUGUCAAUGGCUUAGUAGGAACUGUCCUGUCUGAACUUCUUUGGCUUUGGGGAUGCUUCCUUACUUCAUCAUUGAUGGCUACUUUAUCUUUGAGCUUAACUAUUCCCUUGACAAUGUUUGUGGACAUCUGGCUCAAGGGCAUCAAGUAUUCACUGCUAAUUUAUAUUGGUGCAAUUCCCAUGAUGACAUCUUUUAUUGCUGUCUCACUUCUCACACAUUAUGAAAGCUGGGACCCAUUGAUGGAUGGAAUGAAAUAUCUUCAUAGAAAGUGUUGGAGAAGAAACCACAUGUACAGUUUGGUUGACACAGAGGGAGUGGAAAGAGAGAGUUUGAUUGUUAAUAGUGCUGACAAUGACGAAGCUGAGGAUGAAGAAGAAGAAGAAGAACUAGACACCACACUCAUUAACAACUCCUUCACCAUCAACAGUAGUGCCACAGUCAUCAGUAGUAAUUCUUCCAUAGUCGGUAAUGAUACUGCCACCCCAGCCCCCAUAAGUAACAUCCUUACCAACCAUGUCUGAAAUCAUUGUACAAACUUGAUUAAUAUGAUGCUUAUUGUAAGAUAUUCUGAUUUUAAUUUAUUGGAAGUUUUCCCUCCAAUUAGAAAAAGUGAGUUGAAAUAGUAUUCAAGGAAAAAUUACAUGCUGUAUAUGGCAGUGGUACUGUUAUGAAGUGAGAAUAAAUCAAUAUUGAGUAGUCACUGCAGAAACUGUCCACAUGCCCUAGUUAAGGAAGUGCUCUGAGUAGAUACAUAACAGGAAGUACAGUAGUGUUAACCAUGAUUUAUUAAUAAUUUUAUAGAUUGGGUAUUAUUUUUAAAUAUUUCAUAUUUUCAUCUUAACUGCAUCAGAAUUAAUCACUAGUACAAUUAAUUCCUCUUUCUAAACACACUCCUUUCUUAACACAACCAUCCCCAAAAUUUAGGAUGAGUUAUUGUUAGGUUUUUAACACUAGAUUUAAGAUAUACUAUGCUCCCACAAUGGGUUCCCAUAUUCCUUUUGGUUACUGAACUGUAAAAUAAUUUGGUGAAGCAUAUUGCUCUUUUAGUAGCUGUAGGGUGAUAGUUUACUCAGGAAAUCAUCAUAAUUGCACAAAUUUUAUGAGAUGAAAAUUUUUGAAUAUUUUGGGCAAGAAACUAUCAUGCAUCUAAACAGGUAGAGAAUUUACCUGUACUGUAGUGUGUUACCUAUAGUUUGGGUGAUAUUAUGAAAAUGAUAAUUUUUCCCAACAUAUAUUUUAGAUGAUUCUCUCCUACUGGUAAUGUGUUUUUAUUGGCUGUGCCUUGGGCAUAGCAGGAAAUAAACUUGAUAUCUAUA